AUGUCUUUACCUAUGAUUAUGUUUACGGGGGAGCGGGAUCGCCUUCUUCAGCUUUAUACGAUGAUUGCGUUGCUCCACUGGUUGAUGCUCUUUUUCAUGGUUACAAUGCUACUGUACUCGCAUACGACGGGUUCUGGUAAAACAUAUACUAUGGGAACUAACUACACUGGGGAAGGAAGUAAUGGUGGGAUUAUACCCAAAGUAAUGAAAAAUAUGUUUAAACGAGUGGAGGCAACCAAGCACUGCACGGAAAUUUUGAUAAGAGUAUCAUUUAUUGAGAUAUUUAACGAAGAAGUAUUUGAUUUGCUUGAGUCAAAUUCAGCUGCCUUAUCUAAAGUUGAAGCCACAUCUCUUGCCAAGCAAACAGCUCCUGGAAGACUUCCGAUACAAAUUAGGGAAACAGUGAAUGGAGGAAUAACCCUUGCUGGAGUGACUGAGGCAGCAGUUCGGACAAAAGAAGAGAUGGCAUCAUAUUUGUCACGAGGUUCUUCGUCUCGUGCAACAGGAAGUACGAAUAUGAAUAGCCAAUCCAGUCGCUCACAUGCCAUCUUUACGAUAACCAUGGAACAAAAGAAGAUUGUAAGCUGCCCCAAUGGGGUAGAUGAUGAUAUUGGUGGUGAUAUCUUAUGUGCAAAGCUUCAUUUAGUGGACCUUGCUGGCUCAGAACGUGCAAAAAGAACAGGUGCUGAUGGCAUGCGCUUUAAAGAAGGCAUUCAUAUUAAUAAAGGUUUAUUAGCUCUAGGAAAUGUCAUUAGUGCUUUGGGAGAUGACAGGAAGAGGAAGGAAGGGGGACAUGUCCCGUAUCGCGAUAGCAAGUUGACGCGCUUGUUGCAGGAUUCUCUUGGAGGAAACAGCAAAACAGUGAUGAUUGCUUGUGUAAGUCCGGCUGACACCAACGCCGAAGAAACCCUAAACACCUUGAAGUAUGCCAAUCGUGCUAGAAACAUUCAGAAUAAGGCAGUUAUAAACCGUGACCCAAUGGCAGCUCAGUUACAAAGAAUGCGGAGCCAAAUUGAGCAAUUGCAAGCUGAGCUUUUGUUUUGUCGAGGUGAUGGUCAAGCAUCAUUUGAUGAACUUAAGAUUCUCAAGCACAAAGUAACUUUACUUGAAGCAAGCAACGCAGAGCUACAGCAAGAGCUUCAAGAACGCAGGCUCACUAGUGAACAAUUGGCCCAGCGUGCCCUUGAUGCUCAGGUUGAGAAAGACAAACUAAUCAUGCAAAUUGAAUCUGUCCGUAAUGGGAAAUCAUGGGAUGAGAUUGCCUCUAACCAAAAUCAGGAUUUUGAUUUGAUGAAAACUUAUGUGUCGAAAAUUCAAGAGUUAGAAGGAGAAUUGGUACGCUUGAAAAGUAUGAACAGCACGAAGUGUGGCCGGUUUUCUGAUUGUGUUGAUUCUGGUGAUGAUGGAACCUCAAAAAAUUCAUUGUUUUCUUCUGAAAGUGCUGAUUUAUCAGAUGAGAUUGAGGAUAAUGAAGUUAAUGAAGCGGAACUUGAACACUCUUCUAUCCAACAAAAAUUGGACAGAGAACUUAAGGAGUUGGAAAAAAGACUUGAACAGAAAGAGGCUGAAAUGAAGCGUUUUGCAAAUUCUGACACUUCAGUUCUUAAACAACAUUAUGAGAAGAAAGUUAAUGAGUUGGAACACGAGAAAAGGGCUUUGCAGAAAGAAAUUGAGAACCUCAGACAUAACCUUGCCAAUAUUUCUUCUACGUCAGAUGACGGUGCUCAAAAGUUGAAGGAAGAAUACCUACAGAAAUUGAAUGCCCUUGAGGCACAAGUUGCCGAUUUGAAGAAGAAGCAAGAUGCUCAAGCUCAACUUUUGAGACUGAAACAAAAAAGUAAUGAAGCAGCAAGGAGACUUCAAGAUGAGAUUCACAGAAUCAAAUCUCAGAAGGUGAAUCUUCAGGUACUUACAAACGUGAUAUUACAAUUUGCAUCUUUUGUAAGCAAUCUUAAGAAAGAGGGAAGGAGAAAUGAGUUUGAGAUGCACAAGCUCUUAGCCUUGAACCAAAGGCAAAAGAUGGUUUUGCAAAGAAAGACCGAAGAGGCUGCUAUGGCUACUAAAAGGCUAAAGGAGCUUCUUGAAUCUCGAAAGGCUUCCUCACGUGAAGCUUCCAGUGCUGGAAUUGGCAAUGGUCCUGGAGUUCAGGCAAUAAUGCAGACAAUUGAUCAUGAAUUGGAGGUGACAGUACGGGUACAUGAAGUACGCUCUGAAUAUGAACGACAAAUGGAGGAGAGGGCCAAGAUGGCCAAGGAGGUUGCAAGACUGAAGGAAGAAUCUGAGAUACUUAAGCGUGGUGAUUUAAGAAAUUAUCCUGAGACAUUGUCUCCCGGUGCGAGAAACUCGAGGAUUUUUGCUCUAGAAAACAUGCUUGCUGCUACAUCUAGCACUCUGGUCACUAUGGCCUCACAGCUGUCUGAAGCUGAAGAGCGCGAGCGUAUUUUUAGUGGAAAAGGACGUUGGAAUCAUGUCCGGUCUCUCGCUGAUGCAAAAAAUAUUAUUAAUUACCUAUUCAAUUUAGCAUCGAUCUCAAGGUGUUCAUUGCGAGAUAAGGAGGCUCUUUGCAGAGAAAAGGAUGAGGAAAUAAGAGAUCUAAAGGAAAAGGUAGUGAAAGUUAGUAGCUUGGCUCGACAACUUGAGGCACAAAAGGUCGAUCUUGUUCAUCAACUGAAAGUGAAGAAUGUAACCGCUAAGCAUUCCAUGAAAGAAACGAUGGAAUCUGGCAUCCUUGACUUUAAUGGCGGAAGACAUAAGUAUGAACUGCGGAAUACAGAACAUCGAAGCUCUACGAUCUUUACGGAGGACAUGGAUAUAUCUGAAUCUGAACAUUCAGAUAUGGAGGCACAUGAUGAUGACAAUGAUGAUGAAUGGGUGCAGUCAGACAAAAAGCAGAUAUGGAACAAAGUUUAUAGAUCUAGAACUUCGAUUUUGGCAGUGCAUCAACCAGAUACCAAUGUCUUAGAAAACAAGGAAUGUAGUGUUGAGGUUACUGAGAAAAUUGAUGGGAUGUGUUGCACUUGCAGUAAGCAGUCUUCUUGCAAAACAUCGAGAUGCCAAUGUAGAGAAAAUGGAAGUUCCUGUGGGCAGUCAUGCGGGUGCUCUUCAGUCAGGUGUUCCAAUAGAGAAGCAGAAGCAAACGUUGCAAAUGAUGGCGACUCUAACGAAACCAACAACCUUGUUGCUCAUGGUGCAUUUCUUCUCCAGAAUGCAUUUUGUGGUGAGAAGCCAGCUGAAACAAAUGACGACUGCCCAACAAAGCGAAAAGCACUCUCUGACAUUGGAAACACAGUGGCUAAACCGGAUGCACCAAGGCAUAAUAGGAGAAAGAAAUGGGGAAAAUCAAUGAUUCAGCUGGUUCCGGUUGCUACGCCAGAUAAUGCAGCAGCUGCAGCACCUGAAAAGCCAGAAACUCGUGAACCUCUCAAAAUUGCAGAUAACUUGUGCCCAAGUGAAUCUGAUACCAUCCCUUUGAAGUUACCAAGAGCAAUGAGAUCAAAUGGAAGUAAAUUACUGAGAGAAAGAAAUGUUGAUCAACAGGAUGAAUCCAACAAGGAGGCAGCUGCCCUUGCCCCAACAAGUUCAGAAGAGAAAGAGAACCGCCACUGUUAAUUGGUAAAGUUGCCAUUAAAUUGGUACCUUUUUCACUACAUUGUCACUAACAAGCUUGCAUCCAUCUUCAUUUAUUAUUAUUAUUUUAUCUUUGAAUUCUUUGGUUGUGUACAAGAGAGGAUCCAACG